AUGACAUCGGAACAUGAGCUGAGGGAUCUCUCGGAAUGUACACUCGUCGCUGCGAAUCACAAGCAAUUCUUGGAAUGGUGUACAGCAGGUAUGGUCCCGUGGGGAGCUCACUUGUCGCCCGAGCGAUACAUCACCGAUUCGGAGAGGGAUUUCAAGGAAGAUUGGGGGAAAGACGGCGCUCUGCAAGUCUGGGCACUUGUGCGCCGUGAUGAUCCCCAAGGUUCGAUCCUGUCAGCAUGUGCGACACAACGUCGAACUGGACUUGUCAAGCGUAAAGGCUCGUCCGAGGUUGAAAAGAGUCAUGUCUAUGGUAUUGCUUCAGUUGUCACCCCUGUGCAGAACCAUAAACGAGGAUACGCCUCGCACAUGCUCAAACUCCUCCACUACAUACUCGCUGACCCUUCGUUGAUCCCGUCUUUCCCUGAACUAUGGGGCCAACCUCCCCAGGCUCCGGAUCGAAAAGUCAUUCCUUAUGGUAUAGCCUCGAUUCUCUGGAGUGAUGUGGGGUCCAUCUUUUAUUCGAAAUGCACCAUCGGCCAGACUCGUCCAGGAUGGGUUAUGCCAGAGACCAAACAGAGUGAGAUCAUAUGGAAGACUCGAGCACCGGCCUUACAGGAAGGAGACGAGAGGUGGGAGAGAAUUCGUCCGACCGAGUUGCCAAGUAUCGGUCAAGAGUUACGCCAAAGUUCUGUCGACGCCCUGAAAAGUGUCGAUACUUCCUCCAAGACUGUCUAUACGACGGAUCCGUCGUCUGUGGGCUUACUCGAUUUUAUACCCCUUCGAGGAUCUUGGACUUGGGAAGAUAAGGAUUUUAAUACGGCUGAUCCUUGUGGCCUGAGGUUCAGAUCAGAAUACAACGGCGGUAGCCAAGAUACUAUCAUCAUCUUCGGGACCUUCAACGCGUCUCUCGGACGCAGGACAUUGAUCACUUAUGUUCACAAUCUGGACCCUAGAGACUUGUCCUCCUUGCUCCGAGUCAUCGACGCCAUUGCUUUCCCUCUCGACCAGAAAGAGGGAUGGAUAUUCGGCUUGGAAGAGAGUAGACACGCAGAAUUGAUCAAAGCUUGGCAAGCGGAAUCAGGGCGAGAAGCGAAAUACGGACAUCGUGCAGAGGUCAUGGGACAUUUACUCGGAGUAGCCUACUAUGGCCCAGAGGGUGAGCACGAGUUGCUGGAUCCGCAAAUGUACUCUUGGUGCUAG